AUGCCCGAGCAAAGAAUCAAGGAGAUUCGCGAGCGGAACAGCAAGAACAACAGACCACCGUCGUCGUCAUCACCACCUUCGUUGUCAUCAGCAGCUGUUGGCCUGAGGAUCCUGACGCAGGUCCCCGAGACGACCAAGCCCCACAUAGUCGUCCAGUCCCGAGUAACCGCAAGCCUCCGCCGCCACGUCAAGUCUCGCUCCCAAGCUCGGUCCCAAAGUGGCUCUGAUCUCGAGUACUCCUGCUUUCUCCAGACGUGCUCUCUGUGCCACAAGAAACUCAGCCCCGACCAUGACAUCUACAUGUACAGGGGAGAUGAAGGAUACUGCAGCGUGGAGUGCAGGGGGAGGAGGAUCGUGAUGGACGAAAUGAAGGAACGGGAGGCUUCCGCGAAAAGGAUGGUGUCAUCUCCCCGGCAUUGUUAUGCCGCUUCACUCCAGAGCGAGACCCGCCUUCUCCGGGAAGAGCUCCGGCGACGGCAGGGCCACCUUAUCCCUCCGAAGACUCGAACCAUGGUCCCAGCUAUCUGGGGCUGA